AUGGCUGAGUCUCCUCAGGGGGGUACCGCCGGCGGCAAGACCCUCGAUAAAGGGUCACAUAACAAUAGUGGGGCGAGCGAAGCUGUCAGCCCGAGUGAACCCACCACUCUAAGAGGCGUGCUCUACUUCAAUUUCCUGGAUACAAGGAUGGGUCCAGCAGCGUCCCCUAGAGAGGGGAAGUCCUCUGCGGCAGUAGUGGAUGCGGCUGCGGCUGCGGCCUCUGGAAGACCUUCUGGUGGCAGCCUGCUCACGAAUGAGAGGCUGCUUGGCCCGUCUGCUGGGCCCCGCUAUGCUUUCUGUCUGCGUAGUAAUGUUUUCUCACAGUAUUACAUUAGUGAGAGCAGGUUCCCCGAUUCCCUCAUCAUUCCAUCAGCUUUUGAGUGGCCUUUGGAGCUCUGUCUUGUCGUCCAGCCUGGGCCGGGCGUGCCCUUUCCUUCUACCCUUCCAUGGUACUGUGGUGCCCAAGAUCGUACCAAGAAGGUGGCAGCAUCGAAAAGUGGUAGUAGUCCGAAGCAGUCUGGAAAGAGUGAGGCUAGGAUAGUGGGGGAGCCCUUGAAGAUAUCAUACAAAGAUGCUGGCCGGGGUGGGCAUAUGGUAGAUCGCUGGGUGCAGUUUACACACGAAAACAGACUCCUCGAGGUCCGCAUACAGUACAGUGUGUGUAAGGCUUGGGAUAUCCUUACUGACGCCAUAAGGCCUGACGAGGCCAGCAAACCUGCUAUAGGCCAGAUUAUCAAGAUGGUUAAUAACCCAGCUGGGGUCCUGCCCUAUGCCCUCUAUCACGUCGCCUCGGUCGCCAAUAGCGAUAAGACUGCCUUGAUUCUCAUGCAUGCUAUGGAUUAUACUGCUACGCUCCGCUUUUUUGCCCGACUGUCGGAACAGGAGGUCUUUCGAGUGUCAGCUGGAGAUCGUCCAGUGCGAAAAUUGCUGUACUUAUUCAGCAACAUCGGCUGCUUUCUGAGGGCCUUCGUGACAGUGUAUAGGCGCAAACAGCUGAAGGAGCAUCUCAGCCAUAUACAGUCUCAAAUUCGUGAUCUGGCUGUAGAUGGAGGGAAACUAUCUCGGCAACAGCGACUCAAUCGACUGCAGACUAUCCUCAACCGUCUACUGGAGGCCUUAGUUGACUUCACUACCACUCAGCUACCACAACACUUUUUCCACGACUUGGACGAUGCCUGUCGGCCCAAUUUCAGCAACAGCAAUCUCGUUAUUGGAGGGGUCCUCUGCGUCCACGUCUGCUCGGCUGUAUUAGCGAUGCCUCGACAGUUGGAGUUCAUAGGGAAGGAUGACCCAAUCAGUCCAGUGGCCUCGGGGAUCUGGCUGGCUCUACUCCGAGCCACAUUCUUGUUCUAUUUGAUGCUCAGCGAGCAAGUCGACCCAGCCAGGAUUUCUGAGUUCGUCCCGGAUGAAAUAUACACUCUUGUUCGUGGUGUUGGCUUCGAUGUCCGAGCAAAAGCCAACAUUCAGUUCCAAAUGCGCAUUCUUCAGUCGAGGGGUUUGCAGCCUCCAGCUAAAUCCGAUAGUGCCCUGGAGAGCUCAGCAGCAGCUGAGAUGCGCAUGCCUGAGAAAGCAGGGGCUCUAUUGAGGGAUAUGCUCAGCGAGAAGUUAUAUGACGUCACUAAGAUCAUACACAAUCGUCCCGAGUUCAUACCACAAGGGUUCAGUGUAAGGGAAUUGAUGCUGCAAUUGGCCAGCUGUGUGAAGGCUCGUAAACCAGAGGGGAGUGUCAAGGCUAGGGCUGCCAAGACUAAGCCGAGCUCUACUCCUAUCCAUCCACCAGAGAGCGAUAUUGUUCAAGUGACGCCCAACGGUGUAUGUGAUCGUUCGAGUAUAGGCUCAUUCGCAUCGAUAGUUGCCCGGGUAGAGCCUCUCUUUCAACGCUCUCUUCAGUGGAGCAAACGCGACCUUAUCGAGAACAACAUCAUGCAAGGCAUCAGCAUCGUGAGGCGUACUGCCAAGCCUUUGGAGGCCCUUCUCGUUAAGCGAAAACCGUUGUCUCAAAUGAUAGCAGAGGGCCGUCUCCCAAAGGACUAUAUUGACCAACUCUUUCCCGAUAACCCUACAGCUGCUCCUCAAGCACUGCCAUCUUCUCCUCUUCGUAGACGCUCUAAUUCUACGAGCGAGAAUAGUCCUGGUGCCCGGAGUGGUCGUUUCCGCCGUAAGUCGACCUCCUCGCUGAGCAGCAGUGACCAGAAGGCUGACCGAAAGGAUCACUCCAUCCCAACGCCGAAUGGUGGUGCUCCUAACACGUUGCCGCCCACUAGCGCCUCUAAGUCGCCCGCUCCGGUGGCGGUCUCUACGAAGGGGCCAAUAACCAAUACCGGGCCGAGCCGUGUGGCAACUGAGGAGGAGAAGCCGACCCAGCCUGUUGGUGGCCAGACUGUGGCGGCGGUAUCGAAGACGAUGGAGCAAGCAUCGAAAGCUAUCGUAACCCCAGCUACUCGUUCUCAAGGACCACAACCCAAAAGAGUCCCAUCGCCACCUCCAUCACCGAGUAGUGGGACGACACCUCUUCCUGACUUGCCUGAGGACUAUCGUCAAUACACUGGAGGCAGUAACACUCCCGUGCAACGAGGAGCCUUUACGCCCCAGAAGGCUGUGGCCACGCCAUUCCUGCAGCUUCUCGAUGCCUUUUGCAAGAGGGUUUGUGGCAGUACCACAUCUGUUGAAGGACAACACCAAGCUGGAUGCCAUACUGGAACUAUUCACUAUUUCCAUCAGUACCAUUUGCAUCAGUAUCAUCGUUCGGUCCACCACAACGCACCACAGGUUGUCCAGCUGACUAACCCAGCUCCGCCAGGUACGAUCUACUCACGGUCGCCCUCGCCGGGCCAAGCUGCCUUCUCGGGGCCACCUGUGUCCCAUGGGCUGCGCAAAAGUCCUUCUGGCAGCUUAUUGACAGAAUCCUCCAGUCAAGGGCAGGGCUCGACCACACAGCAACAACAACAACAAGGCCAACAACAACAACGUGCGCAGAGACAAGGCCAGCAGAAGGCUCCCGGUGCCCACAUUCGACAGAAGAAACGGAGGCACUGA